AUGCCGAAACAUCGACUGCAGCAAGUUCCACCCUUGGAGCGGCGCCCCCCCCCCCCCCCCCCCCCCCCCCGGGCCCAGGCCAAACUACUCGGCACCACGUCAUCGCCCGCGACCACCCACACGGACCUCGCACCGAGUUCCCUCGCUCCACCUGCCCCUAGUGAUGGCAGUACAUCAACUCCGAAGCCUACCCGAUCUCGCGCCGUCUCGCUCGUCCAAUCCGAUCCGUUGGAUGCGAUCUCGUCAGGCUCGGCCCCGACUCGAUCACCAUCAAGACCGUUGAAGAGGGGUGUCGACACCUCAACUCGCACAAGAGCCGAGACUAUUCCGACGACUCCAUCUGCGCCACCGCCACGCCCUUUAAUGUCUUCGAGAGAGCGGUCGUCGUCUACAAUUCCGUCAAGUACAUCGACGAUGGCCUCCCAGCCUGAACCAGUACGACCAGCUCAGUCCGCACCGGGGAUCCCACCACGACCUUCUCAAUCCCAAACCCCACAUCUUCGUCCGACCAUCACCGAUCCCCUCACCUCAUCGGCCUCAUCGCCGACACCGAGACCACACCCAACCGACUCACUCGAGCAGCUCUCCACCGCCACCUUCCCUGGCACUUCAUCUCAGACACCUAUUUCCCCAGGGGCCCCUCGACUCCCACCGCGUCGAACCACCACCACUUCUUCUUCAACUUCAACCUUAGAGAACCGCCCAGUACCGGCCUUACCACCUCGACCUCGCUCGGUCGAUCCGGUUCCCUCGGUCCCUGCGCGAAGAGAGGCUCCUCCACCACCUCCCACAACCACAAGAAGCGCUAUCAGCGUACGUUCUCGGUCCGAGACUUCACUGGCAAGGCAGCGCUACACAGCUUUAUUCGACCUCUUGAUCGAACGUUUCGGCACCGUCGACUCCCCUACCGCGGCGGCUCCGGGUAAAGGACCGAGAUGGAUCCCCAAGCAAAACAAUGGCGUACUCGAUCAAGGGGAAGGACUGGAUGGGAGGGUCGUAAGAAGUGUUUGGCUCAAGAGUCGGUUGGAGGAUAAAGUGAUGGAGAGCAUUUGGUGA